UGUAAUCUUGUAUGAUGUAUAUCUUAAUUCUGUAAUACUGUAUGAUAUAUCUUAAUUCUCCCGUUUGUAACCGCAAGGCUCGUACCGUACUUCUCGUUUUCUCAACUGCUGAUUCCUAACUGUUGUGCACGUACAUCCUGUUCUUGUGUUCUGCUGACUUGUAACUAUUAAGCAACAUGGUAUAUAUAUAUGAACGUUGGCAAAUAGUAAAACAGAGCGUACUUAGACGGCAUCUUGUGUGCAUGUAUUUUUUCCACACCUGACAAGACGCUCUCCUGGCCAGUACAAGCCUUAAGCCAAAUUGGACCUAGUACCAGGGGUACAGAAAAGACAGAGAACCAGUACCAGGGGUACUGAGUAGAUUAUAAAGUUAUACCUUUCAGCUGGGGGCUCGUCCGGGAUCGAGAGGGUCAUCCUCCGGACCGGUAAGAACCAUAUCCUUGUGUGGUAUUGUCGACCCGGGGGGCACUGGCCACGUCUCGAUUCCAGUAAGUAUAAGAGUUAUUUUCAUAUCGUGUCUGGGACACAGUAUUACAGUAUUUGCCUUCUGUUCAGGGAACAGGGGAAAUGAGGAACUAAGAGUAAUUUGACAAUCCAGGGUGGUUGUCUUGUUUCAAUUUGGCUUAACGCUUACAAAAAACUUCUUGUAUUUCUGUUUAGUUCUGUUUAGUGUUUUACUUGUAACUUCCUUUUUUUCCCCCUUACGCUUAAGAAGACACGUGAGUAUACUAACAUUGCUUUAAUGUAUAGAAUAAGGUGCAUAUAACUGUUAUAAUAAUAAUAAUAAUAAUAAUAGUAAUAAUCUGCUGGUUCUCAAAACAUCUGUAAGACGCCCCACCCUCCCGGCUAGAGGAAACUUGUUGACCCGGGAUGUGGUGAAAGCAAGUGACAGUUUGUUCAGAGAUACCGUGCAUGCUCAGUGAUUGGUGCAAUUAAAUCAGAGAAUCCCUAAUCUGUUGAGAGGAAUUGUCGGAACCCUCAGAGUUCAGUACAGCCAAAUCCAGAGAUUGUGGUUUUGCACCAAUUACGGAACAUGGGUUCCAAAUCAUCUAAAUCCUAUCCUCCUCCCCUUCCCGGUGAAACAUGUAAGGCUUAUGUGGCCCGAGUUAGCCCUACAAGAUGGGACUUAGUGAAUCCGUGGGUAGAUGAUAUAGUUGGUUGGUCAGAAUUCAUGAAGGACUCCAGCCCAUUCCCAAGGGAGGGGGCCAAUGAUAAAUACCACCUGACCCCCACUCUAACAACUACAUUUGUAAUCUCGAGAAGGGUAGAGAGCGUAUAUGGAGAGAAUUAAAAGAGGAACCAAGUUUUCAAACAAAAAUCAUCACUGCCUAUUGCUGUGGCAUGCAAACAAAAACUAGGUGAAACUGUUACUGAAUUUUGGGAAAGGUUCACAGCAUGUUGGCGUUAUGAUGCAGGGCUGUGUAAAUUGUUUGAUAGGAUUAGAGAUUGUUGUCAGAAAUAGAGACUCAACGAUUUGGUGGAGAAGCAGGUGAUUUGUGAAGGAGAAAGCAUGUGAAGCAGUGUGAGGAAUGUAGGAUGAGCAGAGCUGAACCUGCUGGAAUAAAUGAAGUGAAGAUGAGUGUUCAAUGCUAUGGAAUGGAGUGAUGUGGUAAAUCGCUUGGAAAGCCCUGUGUAUGUGGUCAUAUGAUGGCGUUUAUAGGAUGGUUCUUAUGAUAUAAAGUAUGUUAUAUAUGUGUGAGGUGUAUAGAAUCAGGAGUGUAUAGCAAAUGACCAGUGAAUGUUUUCCCUGUGAAGCUGUUGUGUUGUAAUGAAAAUGGUGUUAAAAGAUAAAUAUAUUCACGUGGUAUUAAAUUGAACUAUUUGAUGAUAUUUCAUUAAUUUCUUGCCUUCACAGUAACACAGGGUUGAUGAAAAAAAAUGAAAUGUAUCAGGAAAUGCGAUUAAUUGUCUGAUUAUAUUACAGGAGUAAUAACAGAAGAAAUUUGGCCAAGAAGAUAAAAUAAAUAUAAAAAGUGAUCACUAUUUAAUUGAUAAAUAUUACUUUAGGCAUUUACAAUCAAGCUAAUGGUUUACUGGAUUAUAAACAAUGCGCAUUGGAGAUAAUUAUUUUUCAAAUUUUUGAGAGAGCUGUGUACACUUUUAUUUUUAUAUCUUUGGAACCAACACACCAGUUCCAGGAAGGCGACACUGUCCUGGUUAAGACUCUGUCGAAAGGAAAGAAGCCCGGAGACUUCACCUUUGGACCCCCAACCACAGUUGUUGCCGUAACGAGGACGGCGGUUCUCACGGAAGACAGCCCUUCUUGGAUCCACGCCUCUCGGAUCAAACUCGUUCAACAUCACCCAAAGGAGGUAAUAACGGGGGCAGACAGCCCUGACCUUGAAAGCCUACCGAAAGAUGUACCCGCUGAUGCCCUGGCCUUGUUCUGGCAGAUGGUUGAAGAAACUAAGUCUCCUGAUGUUUGCAUUAAUGACUUUAUUGACUUUGAUUCACCCCACGGUGACUCUACAGAAUGACUUAGAGAGACACCCAAACGAUAAGUUCCUGAAACACCAUAUAAUGUUAGCACAAAACCUCACUGCGAAGGAUUGUUGGAUAUGCACCCAUGCCCCUGUGUCUGCCCAAAGCAUGCCCUACUUUGCUAUCCCUGUGCCCUCAUAUGUAUUAUUUCAGGGAGACUGUUUUGACAUGCUUGCUGACAACGAGACACCAUAUGCAAAGAACUGAAACACCUCAGUGGGUAUUCCUAUAGUAGGAUGGGUGGGGCAGCCAUGGUGGCAGGGAAACUUAAGCAGCCCAGGCCCAGGACCACACCAAAUGUUGGUCUUCAAAGGGGGUUCCUGGGUAACUCGAGUAGUCACACAUAUAUUAGACCUAGGAGAGAUCCCCACGGAAGGGAUAAAAGUUAGUUUUCACAGGACAUCCGCAAGUACUGAUCUUCUUAAGCCCAGCCAGAUAGAAAGGUACUUACAUGACCCAAAAUGGCCAAAUAACACCCUCUUUACUCAGGCUACUCAAGACGUAGACUGCUAUAAUAUAACAGGACACCAACCAUGCAAUGACACGUCAGAAUACCAACUUACUGAUCCAAUAUGUAAUAACCCAGAUGUGGGCUACUGCGGUAGAUUAGGGCAGAUACCUUCCUGGUGUUACUUAACAAAUGCCUCUAGACUCAUUGACAUAGUUAAUAAACUUAUCAAUCAACAUUCCUCUUUCUGGGAGCUCCCACGAGACAUCUAUUGGGUAUGUGGUAGGGAAGCCUACAAGUGGUUGCCGGUAGGGGUCAAAGGCACAUGCACCCUAGCUAGACUUACCCCCUCCACCUUUGUCAUAUCCAACGACGACAUUAACAUGAGAGCAGCUCCUAAACAUAUGUUAUACCGAAGAGCAGCAGAUAACAAAGAAAGGGAAAACGGUAGGCCACAUGUUGUACAAAUGGGAAUAACCAACAAGCUUUUUAGCACCAUUUUUAUAUAUCCAAUGGUGAUGCAAAUAUGGGAUAAGUUAGUCGAAGCCACUAACUACCUCGACGACCAAAUAUAUGACAUUUUAGAAAUUACUAAUACCUCUGUGUCCGUGCAAAAUCAACUGAUGAUAGUGACUAACCAACAUGCAAUAGUCUUGGACUAUCUCACAGCAGCCCAAGGAGGGAUGUGUCAAAUCAUAGGUCCUACUUGUUGCCAUUACAUAGACACUUCAGGAACAAUUCAGAUGCACCACCAGCUUGAGAACAUACAAAAAUUGAGGGACAAAUAUGCCAAAGACAAUGAAAUCAACAGGGAUAAGUGGUGGGGGGGAUACCUUUUCAAUAUUGAAUCCCGCUACCUGGCUCAAGGGCGUAGGAGGAUGGAUAGGGGGCGUUCUGCAGCUCAUAAUACACAUUACUGUCAUUGCCCUUAUAGUAUAUGUAUCAAUAAAACUUAUUUUCUUAUGUAUGAAACGCUGCAAGCCAAGACCUGCUGCAGAUACUAAAAUCCUCCUCUCCACCUCAUCAGACACCCAAGUCCCUCUACUUCACCGUCACUCGGCAGAAGGCUAUACUGCCUACAUAAAGACUUUUCAAAAGAAAAUAGAAUACAAGAAAAACCAAGUUGUCUAAAGUGACAACUGGUUUUAAGAGGGGAUUGAAGGGUACAAGAGUCUUGAUAGAAUAAUACAGAUCUGUAAUCUUGUAUGAUGUAUAUCUUAAUUCUGUAAUACUGUAUGAUAUAUCUUAAUUCUCCCGUUUGUAACCGCAAGGCUCGUACCGUACUUCUCGUUUUCUCAACUGCUGAUUCCUAACUGUUGUGCACGUACAUCCUGUUCUUGUGUUCUGCUGACUUGUAACUAUUAAGCAACAUGGUAUAUAUAUAUGAACGUUGGCAAAUAGUAAAACAGAGCGUACUUAGACGGCAUCUUGUGUGCAUGUAUUUUUUCCACACCUGACAAGACGCUCUCCUGGCCAGUACAAGCCUUAAGCCAAAUUGGACCUAGUACCAGGGGUACAGAAAAGACAGAGAACCAGUACCAGGGGUACUGAGUAGAUUAUAAAGUU